UCAUUUACUUGGUUUAAGUCUACAUAGUAGCUGGUAUCGCAUCGGGUUUCCUGACACAUUUUAUCACUGAGCACCAUUAGAUUCAGCUUCAACAUGUCGUCACUGUUUACCGCGGCUCUUCACCCUAGUGUUGGCCUUGGUUUCCUCGUGCUCGGUGCUUCGCUCCACGACAUCCUCACGCGGCUGAAGGCCGAACCGCAGCGCUACCCCAAAUUAGAUCUUGCCUACUCUGCCACCGAUCCUGUUGGUGAACCCGUCACCGUCAGCCUUCCCGCAAACGGUAUACGAUUGCGAUUCGAUGGUCCCGAGCAGCGACUUCGCCUUAUCGAGAUUAUCGACUUUACCAAAAAUCGUAUUACCUAUCAGGACAAGGACAUCGCUAAGCCCGUAACUUCGGUCGGAUCACCUGGGUUAGGUGGAGAUGCUACAGCUGGUCCAGCAUUUAAGAACAUCUACCACCGCCUAUUUGGUCCAACAUAUGCUGGAGAAUAUAUCCCCCCUGCGGAUUCGGGUCACGGCAAUGCCAUGGGCACCUAUAUACUGUCGUAUCCUGGAGUAGCAUUUAGUUUUCCCUUGCCGAAGUCGGCUUACUCUCCGAAUAAAGACGUCGUCUCUUUGCUGUCUUCACCUGUAAGCCAGACGGCUAUUUCUGUUGCGAUAUUCAGUGGGAAGUCCUGGGCUCAUGCUCGUGAGACUCUGUGGGAUGAGAUUCUCCCAAGCGUCAAGUCGGCGUUUGUUUUUAAUAAGAGUAAAGAGGUCGUUCCUGAUGAAGUCUCCCUAGUCAAGAUACAUGGCGGUGGUAGGCUUCAGUUGUUCAGGAAAUGGACUAACAUGUCAGUAUGGAUCAAUUUGGGGGAGACUACACCUCAAGACCUGGUAGCAGAGCUGGGACCGCCCGAUGCUAUAUAUCGGAAGAAUGACCAGAGGAUGUAUAUCCAUAAGACUCGCACCGCAAGCCACAGCCGGUCUAGAUCGAACGGUGGUGAAUAUAGGCGGCCAGAUGAUCUGACCGAUACCGAUCAAUCAUCGGCACACACCGGGUCGGAUGACUCCGAAGACGAAGCUAUCGACGAUGAGAUUGUGGGUAACGUGUCAGGUGAAUGCUUUUACAACUAUUUCUAUCUAGGGUUUGAUAUCUUGGUAUCACCACCUCAACCCCCUUCGCGGACACCUCCAUCCCAAGUCGCCGCAUUGAAAGGGAAGGAGGUGCCUGGAGCGAACUCGUUCAAGAGUGCUACAGCGGAUCGAUUGGUGGCUACCAAAAUGGUACUUCACGCGAAUGUGCCUGGAUCAUACCCAUUCAAUAGGCAUCGCCGUUGUCGUUGGGAAAUUCAGUAUCUCGCGACGGGGAACGCAGACGACGUUAUAGACUCCGAAACACCGUUCGAUGAGAUUGAGGAGCGGCUAAGGGAAGAGUGGAAGAGCACAUACCCAACCGAGGAGGAUGCCAAGAGGCGUCAACGAGGUAUGGUCCUAAAUCGAGGAUGGGGGGAUAGCCCUGGGAGUAGCUGUGAGUUUCUAGGGGGCUGGGAAGAUAGUAGUGGAGGAGUGGCAGCGAAGAAGUUCGAUGGUAACGAAGAUUCUACAACUACAUUGUAUGGAUUCCCUGGUAUGGUUUUUGAAGUGUUGAAGAAUGGGUUUGUGAGCGCGGUUACGGUUUAUUAGAUUCAUGGGCUUAAGCAUUGGAGUUUAUGGUUGUGACUUCAUUUUCUUCGGGUAGCAUUUGGAAUAUCCCUAAGAAAUUGAACAGCGAGUUAUCGUAUACAUCACGAUACCGACUUAGUUAAACAGUUGCCGGAUGUUUUAAUGUGGCUUUCAACCGGUUGG